AUGAAAUAUGCAAACCCAGGAACCCCGUCGCCUCGCCGUCUGUCGCACGCGAAGCUCGGCGAUUCCGGGAAAAUGGACAGUUUGGAGCGAAAGCGGCUCCUCAAGUCGCUGCUCGGCUCCAGUGUUACCCGUGUGGACGGGGCCACUUCCGAUCGAGGUGGGAACAACGAAACGGACCUGGAACCCGAAGACUUCAACAUGGAGGAGCUCGCACAUCUGGGAGAGCGCCUGCAGAUAUUGCUGAGGCCGAGAAGCCCGGCGGAAACUGACGUGGAAGUGUAUUUCCACGACGACAGCGUCGAGUCCAAUGACGGGCCCGCGGCAGCAACAGGUCCCCAGACUCAUCGCCGUAUCAAAGUAACAGUUCCCAAUGCCGAACUAGAUCCCAAGCUCGAGCGACGGGUUACAUUUGCGAAAAUGACUUUGCCGUGGCUGCUGUCAAACACACAUAUACGGGAAGCAACCUAUGGCACCAGCCUUGCUUCACUGGAAAUACUGCACACGGAAACUUCGAUUGCCCGUCUGAUUACCGGAGUCAGUGAUGUUGGGCAGCUUUACUUAUCCUGCCCGAAUGCGAAGUGGCCUUCCACGAAAAGGGCGGCCAUAGUUCCAGAAAAUCGGGACGAAUCUUGGAUACAUUUGACGAUGGGAGGUAUUGACGAAAGAAUCGUUUACAGGAAACAACCAAUUAGGAAUCACGGGAGUGUCUGCAAAGAAAUGACGUCAUCAAGUUCGGAGUUCGAAGGCAGUGGAACGGAAGAACGGGUGCGGAAGACGGAGAGCACCGGUGACGCAAGAGAAGACCCAGCGGCCAGCAAGCCCGGCCAGAGCCCGUCAAAUCCGGGUUUGCCUCUACAAACCCAGCAACACAGAAGACACCGGAAGUUCCGAUUCGGUGGUGGACGGAAUCGAACGAAGGGGUUUUUCCGUCGCCAGGGAAGCGUGUCCGAGGAUCGAAAUGCUGACGUCUCCAGUUCUGACAACGUGUCCACUCUAGACGUGACCACUCCUCGCAGACGGGAUAAAUUCUUCGGGAAAAAGUCGCGAUUCCUUUCCGGGAACAGCUCCGAUUCAGUUCAAGAGGACAAUGGGAAAAACGCCAGGCCAAGGGCCGACAGCAAUGACUCUGUGCUGAGUCUCUCAAUUUUCCGAAAGAAGCCUUUCCGGAGAUCUUCGUCAAGUUUGGCGAGCCCUAUGGGAUCCGAAGCAGACGACUCUUCCGCUGUUCCGACUCCGAUCUCGACACCCGGAUCACCGACAGGUCACAUAUUCUGUCAAAACAACUCACAAGGCAAUAGCUUGCAAAGGGAAGGUAGUUCCUCAUCCCUGACAGCCAAACCACCGAGUCCCGGGUCACCGCGUCGAGAAUCGUCCAGUGAAGAAUCGUGUGAUCCAAAGACUGUCGAGGUGCCGGUGGUGACUAUCCAACGAGUCUUAAGCGCUGGUUCCCUGCUAGUGCCACACUACAGCGGUCAUCCUUCUGGAGGCCACAUCAUGCUGGAGUACUACGAAGGCGACAUGUCGUUCCCGUUGUCACCCAUCAAGGAAGUCCCGACGCCGAUGAUCUCUCCGUGCCCGACACCUCGGCGACUGAGCACCGUCAGUGUGCGCGGACGAUCACCGACUCCAUCUAGACAGAACACGCUGUGUGACGAUGACACGGAGUCCGACUCCGUCAUCGUGAAGAUGCCCGCGGCGUCGAUGAAGAAGGGCGCGAAUCACUCCGACAAAAGCUCCGAGUCGGAGACCGCUGGUGACGCUGGUGCCGCCAUCCCGUCAAUCGUCGUGACGAGCCCGUCGAGGUCCAAACCGCCGCCGCUCGUCGUCAGCUCCCCCGGGCUUAACUCGACGGCGGCGCUGAGCCAAGAUGACCCAGGGUCCGUGAAACUGUACGUUCCUUUUGAUUCUGCUCCCAGGUCGAGGUCGCAGAGUCUAGAUUUCCCGCACGGCACGAAUUUCGUCGUGAGUGAGGGCAGUGUGAGACUCGAAUCCGGUGCUGCUUCGCACAACAGGUCCUCUCACACCCAAGAAAGCGCCGACAUCCCCUGUUUAAUGAUCACACCUUCCACGCCCCCUGGGACUCCGCGAGCGACUCUGGCGAAAAUCGCUGCUGGCGAACUAGAAACGCAGAGUCCAGUAACACCGCCUGUACAGAAUGUAGGAUCAAGCGCGGCAAUGAAGUCACCAGUUGCUCCAGGUCAGGAAAAGCGCAAAAACUCGGUCACCUUCGACCUACCACCAAUCACCAUAGAGGUAGACACUGGCGGCCCGAGCCCGCCGAAAAUUAUGAUCACGGCUGAAUCCGACGACACCGACCCCUGCGACGGCAGCGUCAAGUGUGUGCGGAGCGAGAAACGCGGCACGACCUUGUUCUUAUCUCCGCUCCCAGGUGGCACUCCAAGAACCCUGUCAGAAUCCAAUCUAAGCUCAUCAGGCUACAGCUCCAUGGCCAGUCCAAGUACCAGCCGGAACGGAUCGAUGAAAACGAUUUGCGAGCCGGAAUCGCCUGGGAUACAGAAGGGAGCCCGUCACAUUCAAGCAUUCGUCUACCGUGUCAGCUCUCUUCACAAACAACCAUCGCCGACGAGGAAAACUGAGGAAAUACCGAUGAUAGCGUUGCAAUCCAAGGGAACAGCCGUGCGCAUCACUGGUAGUGACGAAGCCACGACCACCGAUACCGAUUAUGGAGCAGAACACGAUUCUGCCAUAGACAGUAGUGACAACUUAGAGGCUAAACCUCCGAGGAUUUCGAAAGAACCUUUCGUUCUGAGCAGAGAAAAAAUCUCAGAAGAGUCAUGCGGGUCCGACGAAGACCAAGAAACCAUCGAAUCCAAAGGAAGCACUGAGUCAUACGGAGUCCGACACUUCAUGAUCCCCGCGAUUAUCAUUGACGCAUACAGCAGCGAGGAAAUAGUCAGCGAGAGCGAAUCGAUUCGCAGGUCGACACAAGCAAUCAACGCAUGCGCUGGGUGUGAAGUCGGGUCUGCGGAAAACCUGAGCAAACAUUAUUGCAACAGUUCACGCAGCGAGAGCCCAUUGAGCGAGAACGGACAGUGUUUCAUCUACUGUCCGCAAUUCUUCAAUUCGAGCGGCAAAGAGCUUCUCUACACGGACUCCGACGGGUUGUACGACUGCCCGAGUUCAGAGGUCGCUCCAUCCGACUCCGCUACGUCACCGAAUAAAAUCCCCGCUCACCGUCGAUUAGGCAAAAAACGAGAGAAGGUACGGAAGUCGCAGAUCAGUGCUCAAGCGGUUGGGACCAAAAAUCAUGAGAAUGCGGCGACAACGCUUGACGAGAAACCCGCGGAGAGGCAGGAGCGAUCUACGGGAGCUAGUUCCAAACGAGACAAGCGAGAUCAACCGCGGCGGAAGUCGCCCAAAAAGCGUACGCGAGCCGCUCCAGUCGUGGAUUCCUCGUCGUCCCUGGAAAGCCUGCGAUCAAGCAGCAGUGGGACACGAAUGUCGGAGGAAGCCAAGCACAACAGCACACAGAGCCGGUGUCGGCAGAGAGGGAAUUCCCGCAGCCCGCCGCUGCACACGAACAGCUUGGAGAGAAACAAUCCCGGUUCCGCAACCCUCGUGCGAACUCAACCGGAAGUUGGGCGAUUCGAGAAUCAACCGGAAUCCGACGGUGAAUGGGCCAGUGCAAGCAGGAGCACCGGGGAUCACUGCGUGCAGAUCAUUGCAGAUGCAUCAGGGGAAGAUAGCUUAGACGACGAACCAUCCUCUUUGCGAGUGGACUUCUUGAAGAUACCAAAAAAGAAGCACCCACGUUUCCGUUCUGUCGGCCACCAAAUCAGAUUCAUCUGCCGCCUGCAAAGAUCGCUGCGUAACCUUCGGAAAGAACGCGGGGAAGAGGAUUCGGAUAAUCUGUUCGUCGGCAGCAGUUCCUUGGACAGCGACAAGAUACCUGCACCAGCUGUCAAUGUGGAUCAAUCGCAAGCGUCUGCCGACACCGCAACCAUUAUCGAAGAACCUCAGACCAGCCCAACAACAAAAUUCCCCGGCAUUCCCUUUCUAAAAGAAACCGCCAUAUAAUUUUUGAGUACAGGCAUGUUACUGCCAAACAUGCUUUUCGAAGUGUCCUGAAUGUAUUCAUGCUCCACGAUUGCAUCGCUUAUCCGCAGAAAAAGGUUCUGCUAUAUGCUUCAUUGGGCCUGGGCCGAAAAAAAAGAGAUAAAUACAAGGUGUGAUUUCUGAUUUCGCAAAUGUGAUGAACAGAAACCGAUGCAGAAGGAACGCGUGAUACAGAUUUCUGCAUGAGAUUGGUAUUCAAUCCGCUUCGUGUACCUACGGCAAAUCGAUUUUUGCUAGGGGAAAAAACUAAAUAUGCAUUGCACUUUUUUCAAAUUUUACCCCGCUUCUAGCAUCGUCAGUUUGUCACAGGAAGUUGAAAGGUUACAAUUGACGAAACAAAUAGAGCUCGAACACAUAGUGCACAUUCCUUUCUGAAGCCUUGUUACAUAUCAAGCGUACAAGUAUCACCAAAUGAUUUUUCCCCACGUAUAUCGACGACUUUCGGGGAAGCAAAAGAAAAUGUGUGAUAACCGAAGAGGGGGAGCAUCAUGAAUUGUUUAUUCUUCCUAGAUAUGUUUAUAUACUCCUGCUGUAUUUUCCUUUUUUUGGCUGAAAUCGUCGAUUUUUUAUUGGCGCGGUGGCUUUGCUUCGGUAUGUGCGGAUGUUCUAUUGGUCCGAAAUGCAAGAUAACCCGUUCCUCUGUAUCAAUCUUCAAA